AUGGUCAUCAAACCAAUCAUAGCUGCCGUUCAGAAUUUUUACAUCCUCACCUGGGAUGUUGGACUCUCCAUUUUCAAUCUGUUAACACCAAAUCUCAAACCUGGACAUGUCAUCCCAGAAGGGCACCCCGGCGCAGGUGGGUCGUGGCCCGAGUAUAUUGCCCCCAAGGAAGGCGAUAGCAGGUGCUCGUGUCCGGCUCUAGAUGCCUUGGCUAAUCAUGGCAUACUACCCCACGACGGGAAAGGCAUUCCACUCCAGGAGCUAACACGAGUCGUUCGGGCUACAUACAAUUUCUCUCCUUCGCUCUGUUACUUCGUGCCAUUGUUCUGUGCAAGAAUGCUAGGGAAAGAUUAUAAUAAAGACGUCGUGGAUCUAUCUGAACUGGAUUUACAUAACGGUAUUGAACACGACGCCUUACUCACAAGACAGGAUCUGUAUCAUGAGCCCAACCAGGCGACUCCUCAUCUUCCCUAUAUCGAAGAGCUUCUCGCUUCCCCUUCCGGAAAAGCGGUGGAUGGUUCUUUGGGAGCUCCAAGUACUUCGUCGACAAUGCUUACGAUAAUGGGUGGAAGAGUUAAAGACCUCGAAUCUUUUUUGGUCGAAGAACGCAUACCAGAUGGUUGGGAGCCUAAGAUCCUGUCGAGGAAUGGGCUAACGAUCCUGGGCUUCAAUCGAACAGCCAUGAAGGUGGGAUAC